AACACACAAAAUGAACAUCGAGAGCUUCUCCACAGCACGCACUUGAUCCGCUGAAUUACUCCGUUCCUCUUCGGCAUCUCAUUUGCACAGAGAUCCGCACCAAGAAUCGCUGGCCGAAACAGCCCCGUGCGCAUCGCAGAGAUAAAGGCAAUCCCGCGGAUGCAAGUGAUUCAGAUUUAGUGCGACCUGAUCGUGGGACUGAUCGUGAACUUGAUUAGAUCGCGUGUGUGAUCAAAAGUUGCAUUUAUGGCCGUUGGCCCAAAGUUUUCUUUUAAAGUUUUUCUUUUGAGGGAUUUUUUUGUGUGUGAUCUUCUGUGAUCUUGUGCGAUCUUGUGAUCUGUGCAUGUGUUGAUGUGCCAAUAGAAUGGAGGAAGAAGACCGUUUGGAAGUGUCUCUGCCGGGCGCUGGAGAGACGGAGUCACAGACAAUACUCGAACAACUCAAUCAAGGACUCUGUGCACGGGUGGUGAAGACGGAAGGGGCUUCAGUGAGCCUUGAGGAAAAUCCGGAAGUUGGUGGUGAAAGUGUGCUGCAAACUGAGGUGAUUCAGUGUGAAGAAAAAUCCGAUUUGGCGCCUAAUUUGGGUGCUGAAAAAAGUGAGAGUGUAGCUGAAGGAAGUACUACGGCGGAACUCUGUGAGGAAGUACUGAAAAUAGCCACAGAAUCCGUUGAUGAGGGUGUGAAGGAGGUAAAAACUGAAGAAGAUGAAGUGAUUGAGAAAAUUUUUCAAGAUCCCAGUCCUGAGGAAGAGAUCCGCAUUGAGGAUUUAUUGGAGGAAGAAAUUGGCGGGAAAAGUGUCGUCCAGGAGUGUGGUGAAGAUUUUGAAAGUAGGUGUAACGGUCAAGGUGAAGAAGAAAGGGUGGUCGAAGUGGGUGUUGUAGCUGAAGGUCAAGGUGAAGAAGGGUUUGAGGAUUUGAGAGGAGCGAGCUUAGAGGCUGCAGAAGAAGAAGAGCAAGACUCCCACAUUUCGUCUCAAAUUGCCAGCUUCUACGAUCAAGACAGGGAAGACGACUCUCGCCCACCGGUACCGAUUAAGACAUACCGCUGGGAAGACGUUCGACGUGCCAAACAACAGGGUGGCUACCCAUGGACACACCUCUACAAGGAACCCCUAGGUCCAGAUGAUGAACCCGAAGUGAUCUUUAGGUACAGAUCAUCCCCCAAAAAUCGUCGAUCAUUCGAAGAGAAACUCCUUGAUUCCCCAAAGUCAGAAAAACGUGUUCGGAUAGAUACUGAAGUAUCCGUGCAGGAUUGCUGCUACCCCGAUAUCCUUGACGACGACGACGAUCCCCAUGUAACCGAAUCGAAUGCAAGCGAAGACGUCGCUGAGCAUACCGAACAUACCGAACCAAGUAAAGAAGAAUCCGUCCAACCACGGAGAAGAAGCUUUAGGCAAAUUUUCAGCCCCAAAAGCAUCCUAAAGCGAUCUGUAAAGUCAGAUCGAGCAAAACAGUCUCCUGCAAAGAAGGAGCCUGAUACGUCUCCCAACCGCGUACGGUAUUGCCAUCCAAUUGUUGACAAACUCAAAACCAUGGCUGAGAAGCAAUUAUCCAAGACACAGGGGAAGAAGGUAAAAAAAAUCCCCCUGCAGGAAAGCAAUAAAAUAUCCCUGGAAGAAGAGCAGAAAAUUCUGAAGCUCAAGGAUUCUCCGAAGGCUAAACAUCGUGAAAUUACGUGCUUCGAGGAGCGGCAGGAUAGUGAUGAUAUUGUUGAAAUUGUUGAGCUUGAUGAGUCCCCAGGGGAGGCAAGAAGACGAAGGGAUGAGAAGAAGGACUCAACAAGUCAUGUAACGCCAGACGAAAUUAUUGAGCUGCCCGUACAGAGCUCAGAUGUUGAACUGAAAAAUCAACCAGAAGAUCAACCAAAAGAUCAGCCAAAAGAUGACAAAGAAUCUUCAGAUGAACACACUGAAGAGCCAAAGAAAAAAAUCCCCCGGCGUCAAGAGCACGUCUACGAAGACAUACAGACUCCGGUAAUUCUUACAGGAGACAGUAUGGAUCCAAGUUUCCUUCACGAGAUCAUUGCACCGACAGAUUUGAAAACAUCCCUAAAAAUCCAAGAUAAGCAACUUUUUGCCGAAGUGGAGUACAAGAGGAAACCCCUUGAGGACAUAACGCAGAGUUCGGAGGAGAGUCAAAAGUCCACAACAGGACUACUAGCUCCAAUCUGCUCCGUUGAUUCUGCUUCAUCAGACGAUGAACGCAAAGCCACCCUUCAGGCAGUUGUCGAGGAGAGUGAUGCUGAAAAUACAGCUGAUAAAAUCCCCGAAAUAACAACAAGCGCUCCGGAAAAUGAAGACACAGCAACGGAUGUUGAACUGAAGUCCGUUCUGAAGACUGAAGCUUCCCCAUCUCUGGAUAAACGCGUCACAUUCUCCUCUAGCACAGAAGAUGAUCCGGAUCUUCUCAAGGAAGAUGUUGAACUUGCAGGAUUGGAUGCGAAUUUGAGCAGUCGGUGGUCCAAUAUGAGUGAUCAUGAAUACGAACCAAUCGGUCAGCCUGUUGAUGAAGCCGCUCGGGCUGAUACAGAAGAUGUGGAACUGGAGGGUGCUGUUGGGGGACAAGAAUCCCCCGUGGCUGAACCAUCGAAGCGUCCAGCAUCAGAAGCAUCCAGCAUAACGUCGCACGAGCGUAAACUCCUUCGUGUCCCAACGGAAGAGGAAGGAGCCGACGAUGAGAUGAGCGUGCAGGACAUCCAGAAGGACAUUGAAGAUCGUUACUUCACAAGUGCAACCCCUGAAUCACGCACAGAUGGUGAACUGCACACAAGUGCCGUUGACUCCAGUGCCAUUGAGGAUCUCCCCCUGGAUCGUGGUAGCCGGAAGAAGACUAUGCUAACAUCUGCCCAGGAUCGUGGACGCCAAAUGCAGCAGAAACUGAGGACUCAAGCUGGAAAACUCCGCUCAAAACUUCGUGGUAUGAAGAAGGCACCAAAUGGGAAGAAGGACAGCCCACCUGCGAAGGAAAGAAAGAAGUUCAAAACUCCGGAAUUUACAAAGCUGAAAAACAUCCACAUGCCGAAGGUGAAUAAGCCAGAGAUGCCUAAAUUCAAGAGGCCCGAAUUCACAAAGAUUGAAUUCAAGAAACCCGACUUCUCCAAAAUUACUCUCCCUGAGCGUCCUAGCAUGUCUAAACUGAGAAUUCCUGAGCGAUUUAGCAGCCUCAAGUUGCGCCGAAGUCGCUCAAUGAAGGAAUCAACGGGCUCAACGGGAGACUCAACAUCGGGAACUAAUGAGCCACCAGCAGCUACAAAGAAACGAUUUGACUUUGCAACAUAUCCACGGAUUUUUGAUAAGAUGCGGAAGCAAAAAACAGUUGAUGGAGAGAAACCUGUGAGGCCAGGAACUCCUCCACCUGCAACAUUUGCAACAGUUGCCAAGACAGCCGUUAAAAAGGAUUCCCUUGCUCCGGAAGAGAGUGUUGGAGAAGAGAGCGCAGAUCAGCGACAGGAUUCACUGGAAGAGGAGGAAUUUCAUCGUGAGAGCUCCCUUGAGAGGCGCAUGAGGCAGCAUUUUAUGCGACAACGUGAAGAGAGUGAACAGGAACAAGCUCUGGAGACUGAAGAGCAACGCCAAAUGGCUGAUUUUGAUAAGGAAAAUCGUGAAAUUCACGAAAUAUCCCUUGCAAGGCAAGAGGAAUUCAAGCAGCGCCCCUUAGUGCAUCAAGAUUCAGACUUGGUGUCAGAGGAGAGUGCAGGAAAGUGGACGGGUUCGUUAAAUCUGAAUCAGAGCUCUUCACUGCAGGGCAGUGAAAAGUUCGAUUUCGACAGCAAUACAAUUCCGAUUGAGGUGAAGGAACCCCAGAAGGGUGUAAUUGAGCAGAUUGAUGAUGAUGAAUUUUUCCUGAGAUCCAAAGGGAUCUCGCAGGAUAACAUUCAGAUAGGAGAGUACAUUAGUUCUGCCAUAAGAGAAGGCCUAACAACUCCCAUGAAUACUUUAGCACAAGUUGGAAGGUAUUCUCCUUACUACGAUGAAGAUGUUGACCUGAAUAGUGAACCCAUUGAUUAUGGUUACGAUGUUCCGAAGAAGCCACGAAGGGUACGGGAUCGUAGUAGUUUAGAGGGUGAAGAAUUCUUCGGAACCUAUCCACCUACAAAGCCAAUGCGUAAGCAUCGGAAUUAUGAAUCAGACGAAAGGAUCGUCCCGCAAACGGGCACGUACUACAAUGAAGGAGAAAAUCAAUCCUUCUAUGAUAACAACAUGGAGGGCAUGGAUCAGCCUGAUAUGUACAUUGAUGAUGAGGAAGAACAGAAAUCGGAUAUGCAGGAAUGUCUGCCGUUCCCGCCAACCCCACCAAAAGCACCCAAAAGACGCAGAAAGCUCCACAGACCAUCACCAAGGAGCAUCCCUGGCUAUGAUAAUCUGGCCGGAAGGUCUGUGUCCAACAACUACAUCCCCAACGGUGAUACUGACGAAAAUAUUAUUGUCUACCGAACACAACACGAAUAUCCUGUCCCAUUAGCAACUCCUGAAACCUUUACACCGAUCCCUACACCUAGAUCAAGAUCACGUUCGCAAACUUCGAGGAUUACCGAUGACGAUCGUACCUCUCACGGUGCUGAAUCCUUGAUAUCUGACACGCAUAUGCAGAUCCAAGAAUUCCUAAGGAAUGAACUUGAGAUCACGGGAAAUAAUGGCUAUGCCAUUGUCAAGAAGGAACCACCACCACGACCACCGCCACCGCGUCGGAAGAAAACUUCGAAGGCUCUGGGAGAGAGUCAAUUUGCCACAAUGCCCCUGCCCAAGAGGAGUGUGACACCCCCAACUCGCCCAAAGCGAAAUUACAGCACAAUCGCCCCAUCCAGACCACCCCGAACGAAGUCUACUUCGAGUCUUGGGGAAGACAAACCCUACAGAAGUCCCUCCCCUGACUUGACACAAUACGAAGAGAUUGAUGAUGUGGAUUCGUACAAAGAUCUUCAAUCGGGGGAUAUUAUAAAGAAAAUGAAGGAACGUCCUUUACCACCACCCCCGCGUCCUACACGAUCACUCAGAAGGCCCAAAAAGGACAACAAAGAUGAUAAACCCGAUGAUGAUCGUGAUGGUGGAGGAAUUCGUGAUGCUGCCCUGAAUGCUGAUGAAGUUGAGGUUUCCACGCAAACAGAUCCACUUCCGGAUGAUUUUUGUUGCGAAGAAUUUGAAAUAACGAGCGAUAUGAAGACCAUUACACCGAGUCAGUGUAAAACACUUGAGGAUAUCCUGAAGGAAGAGCAGGAAGCGGAAAUUGAACGAGCGCAGCAACUUGCAGCCGAGCAGAGCCUAACGAGGGGGCUGCAGAGGUUCAGGGAGGGGAAUCACAGGAGUUUAUCUGAACGGUCGAAGGCAUCAACGUUGGAUAGGCCAAAGACACCCGGAAGUCGGCCCGGAAGUAGGCCCAUUUCCCCCAAUGCAGUUGUUGUUGAGCGGAAGAUCUCAACGCCAACAAUGCUAACAGAGGCUACGCUAUCAGUUGAGCCUGUUGAUGAACCAACAACAGCAGAACUCAGCCGAGAAAUCCAGGGAAUCCUCAGUCAAGAACUUCAGCCCGUGCAACCGGAAAUGCGGGAAGAAAGUGAAGUAAGGACUGAAAUUCUCAGUGAUGUAGCCUCUGAUAGGGUGAGUAUAGGACAAGAGGAGGAAAGACUUGAAAUUGUUGAAGCCACGAAUGAGCAAAGAGUCCCAGAACCCAGUCAGGAAGUGCAGGAAGAUGUUCCGGAAGAGGUACAACCGAGUCAGGAAGAAAUUACCAGGAGAAUGCAUGAUGAAGUUGAAGCUGAACUUGAGAGAUGUGCUCAGAGAUUGGAGCAGGUUAUUGAUGUUUUGCAGCAAGAUGACAUCCCUCCAGUUCCACCUCCAAGGAGAAAAUCCUCCGCUGGUGAUUCCCUCAUCCCACAGACUUCAUCUGGAAAUCUCCAAUUGAGAGAUCUCACUGUAGAUCAUCUCAAUGUUAAUCAACUUCAAGCUGGGAAACUUCUGGUUUCCGAAUUGGAAGGAUCAUCCCUCAGCACGCAGGAACUUGAAUGUAAAUCUGGGAAUUUGGUGGUGAAAAGCUUAGAACUGCCCAAGGGGUUAAUUGAGGAGAUUGUUGAUCGUGUAAGGAGUCAACUUCCUGCAGCACCACCACCUCCAGCUACAACCACAACCACAACCGUCCAUGAAGAUCCAGAGUUGGAGAAGGAACCACCCCCACCAACAAGGCCACCCCCUCCACAUAGCUACUACCAUCUUCCCACGGAAUUCUAUCCCUACUCUCUGCCCCCUCCGUCCUUCUACCGCCUGCGGAAUCCCUCAGAUGAAGAUGAGGAGCCCCCCAGCACAAGUCAUCGUCGCAGGCGCCACCACCGGGCACAUCGGGAUUCCUCCGAAGAGGAAGAGCACGUGCGUGAGCCUCGGAAUCGCAGCCGACACAGCUCCCGCACACCAGAUGUGAUUGAUCUUGGUGGGCAGUUCCUCCGUGCCUGCAGCUCAGCAGCCGGAAGGUCUGUGAGGCAAACGCUGCAACUCGUGCGCGCCAUGGUGGUCAAGGAGGAGAAUCGCAACGAGGUGAAUGUGGUAGCAAUGCUCCUCAUUGUCCUCAUGGCGAGUCUCGUCCUGAUUUGCAUGGGUGGCAGCGACAAGACUGUCCAUCAUCAUCACUGGGACUUUUUCAAUGCUCCCGGAAAUGGGAAUCUGCCCAAAUGAUGCGUGCGUGGGUGGUGGAAGUAGCGCCUGAGAAGUGCUCCUUUUCUUUUAGAGGAAACGCAGGAAAAAUGCAUUUCACACUUCUCAUUUCACACCAUAAUAUACAUUUUGUGCGGAAAUGCUGAGAAAAGGGCCAGGAGUUGAUUUGGAGUGAAAUUAAGGAGGAAUUGAGUGAAAAUUGAGAAAAAAUUGAGUGAAAAUUGUGAAGAAAUUGAGAGGAAAUCUAGAAAAAUUUGAGAAUAAAUUGGAGGAAAAAUGAUAAAAGAUUUGGGCAGAAUUGGGAGGAAAUUGAGAAAAAAUUGUGUGAAAAUUGAGAGGAAUUUGAGAAGAAAUUGAAGGGAAAUUGAGUGCAAAUUGACAAGAAAUUUAGAUGAAAUUGAAAAAAUGGGAAGAAAUGGAAGAAAAAUGCUGAAAGAUUUGGGAACAAAUUAAAAACAAAUUGAAAGAAAAUGGUGUGGAAAUUAAAGGAAAAUAGCAAGAUUUGAAAAGAAAUUUAAAAAACAUUGAGAAGAAUUUGAGUAAAAAUUGAGGUGAAAUUGAUAAAAUAUUGAAAGAAAAAUGAAAAAAAAAUUACCCAGUAAAGAAAUGACUGAGUCAAUAAAAGCUCUAUCAAUAUUGAUUGAUUAAUUGAUCAAUAAUUGAUAAAUCAAUUGAGCCUGUCAAUCGAUUGAUCAAUCGUUGGUCAAUCUCAGAUCAAUUCUGAUUGCUCAACAAUUGAUCAUCUAUGCGGACCUAUAUUAAUUAGAAUUUAAUUUCCAUGAAAUUCUUCCUUUCUCCUAGAAACAAAUCAAAAACUUUCCAACAUAAGUCAAUAUUUGCCCCACGUUUGCUCAAUAUUUGCUACACAUCUCUAUUCUUCUCAAAAAUAUUCUUUUCUGCUCAUAUUCCGAAUUUUCUACCCAAGUAUUUCUUCUCAAUGUACUCCAAAAGCAUUAAAAAUUAAAGAAUUUUCAAUUUUCCUCAAAAAAUCAACGCGUCCUGCUCAGAAAUUUCCGCAAAAGAAAAAACUUCAUUUUCAUGUAGUUUUUAUAAAAAAAAAUUAUUUUCCAAUCUGGAAUAAUUUCGAAGGAAAAAAUCCCUUUUUGUGCUCCACAUGGGAACCACACGAUGUUUAAAAUAAAAACCAUAAAGAUUUA